GACCGAUCGAGCCCUAAUUCUCCGUCGCAGUUGCUCUCCGCCGCCGGCUGGCCGACGGACUGUCCGCCCCGAUCGAUCGAUCCGACCCAGCCUCUGCUCUCCUUCGCCUGCCUCAGCUCUCCUCCGCCUCCUGCCACAGAUACAGCAACGGAACCGACCCACCCGUGGCUGCUCUCCGCCGGACUCUUCGCCGCAUCUGCUGUUGUCGCCGGUUCUUCGCCGCCUCUCUGCCUUCCCCGCCUGCCGCCAGAGACAGCACCAAUACUGCUGUUGCAUUUGUUCAUAUAGUCAGCUUUAUCAGAUAUAUUUAAUUCGAAAGCAGGUCAACUUUUAGAGUGACUUACGUGGAUACCAUAAUUCAUAUGGCUGGGGAUCCUUCACAUCAUGAAUUGGUGGAGAUUAGUCCCUACAGGUUCUCCCAUGACAGGCAUGAAGAAGAUAAGUUGCCUGGAGCUACUUGGUAUUUAAGUCGUAGGGAUAUUGAAGAGAACUCUCCAUCUAGGAGAGAUGGCAUUGAUCUCAAGAAAGAAACUUAUCUUCGGAAGUCUUAUUGCACAUUUUUGCAAGAUCUAGGCAUGAGACUAAAAGUACCGCAAGUAACAAUAGCUACUGCAAUUGUAUUCUGUCACCGUUUUUUUCUUCGCCAAUCACAUGCAAAAAAUGAUAGGAGAACCAUUGCUACUGUUUGCAUGUUUUUGGCGGGAAAGGUGGAAGAAACUCCUCGACCAUUGAAGGACGUCAUUCUCGUUUCUUAUGAGAUUAUGCAUAAAAAGGAUCCUGCUGCAGUCCAAAGAAUCAAACAGAGGGAAGUAUAUGAACAGCAGAAAGAACUGAUUUUACUUGGGGAACGGUUGGUACUUGCAACUCUUGGUUUUGACUUAAAUGUGCAGCAUCCAUACAAGCCUCUUGUUGAAGCAAUAAAGAAGUUUAAGAUAGCUCAAAAUGCCCUUGCACAAGUUGCUUGGAAUUUUGUCAAUGAUGGGCUCCGUACUUCACUUUGCCUGCAAUUUAAGCCCCAUCAUAUAGCUGCUGGUGCCAUCUUCCUGGCUGCCAAGUUUCUAAAAGUAAAGCUUCCUUCAGAUGGUGAGAAGGUAUGGUGGCAGGAAUUUGAUGUUACUCCUCGACAGUUGGAAGAGAUUAGCAACCAAAUGUUGGAACUUUAUGAGCAAAACCGUCCGGCA